AUGCUGGAUCUUAAUCUCGACGCUGACUCACCCGAGUCGACUCAGUACGGCGACUCAAACGCAGAUCGACAGACAUCGGACGGCUCCGGCAACCGAGUAGACGAGUCCGGGACAUCGACGUCGUCGGUAAUCAAUGCCGACGCAGACGAAGACUCCUGCUCGACUCGCGCCUUCACUCUCAGCUUCGAUAUAUUAAAAGUCGGAAGCAGCGGCGGUGGCGGCGGCGGAGGAGAUGAUAAUAGCCCGGCCUCCGUCGCCGGCGUGACUAAAGAGUUUUUCCCGGUUGGCGGAGGAGACUGUGGACAUCUCGUCCAAGGAUCGAGCUCUAGAAGCUGGAUCGAUCUCUCUUUCGAUAGCUACGGAGAAUCGAAAUCGGUGGCUCCGGUUCCGGCUCCGGCUCCGGUACCGGCUCAGGCGAAGAAGAGCAGGAGAGGACCAAGGUCAAGAAGCUCACAGUAUAGAGGAGUCACGUUUUACAGAAGAACUGGUCGUUGGGAAUCUCAUAUUUGGGAUUGUGGGAAACAAGUCUAUUUAGGUGGUUUUGACACUGCUCAUGCUGCAGCGAGAGCUUAUGAUCGAGCUGCUAUCAAAUUUAGAGGUGUUGAGGCUGAUAUCAACUUCACUCUAGGAGAUUACGAGGAAGAUAUGAAACAGGUACAGAACUUGAGCAAGGAAGAAUUUGUGCACAUACUCCGUAGACAGAGCACUGGCUUCUCUCGUGGGAGCUCAAAGUAUCGAGGUGUUACAUUGCACAAAUGUGGGAGAUGGGAAGCUAGGAUGGGUCAGUUUCUUGGUAAAAAGGCUUAUGACAAAGCUGCGAUCGACUCUAAUGGAAGGGAAGCAGUAACCAACUUCGAGCUGAGUUCAUACCAAAAUGAGACCAAUAACGAAGGUGGAGGUGGUGAUGAGAAACUUGAUCUCAACUUGGGAAUGUCUCUUUCUUCCGGAAACAACGCCACAAAGCAAAACGGGAGGCUCUUUCAUUACCCUGCUAACACUUACGAAACGCAGCGUGGAGUUAGCUUAACGAUAGAUAAUCAUGAGUUCAUGGGGAAACCGGUGAAUACAGUACCGGUUCCUUACUGGAACCCGAGUUACAGUAACCCCGUCGAGGGAAGAGGAAGUGAAGCUGAAGGGAUGAUGAUGAGUGGUAGUAGUAAUUGGGGUUGGCAAAGACCGGGCCAAACGAGCGGAAUGAGACCGGGACCGCCACAGCAACCGCAACCGCCGCCGUUGUUCUCAGUUGCAGCAGCAUCAUCAGGAUUCUCUCAUUUCCGGCAACAACCUCCCAAUGACAAUGCCUCUCGUGGUUACUUUUAUCCACAACCUUAA